AUGGCCUCCGGAUCACCGUCACCCCACAAGCCCGCCUGCUCUAUCUGCUCACGCCGUAAAGUCAAGUGUGAUAAAGGAGACCCCUGUUCCAAUUGCCUCAAAUCGCAAUCCCAAUGCGUUUACGAGGCUCCCGCCUUGCAUAGAAGACCCCGAAAGCGGGCCGCCGACGAUGACCUUCUCAAUCGUUUGGCCGCUUACGAGGACUUAAUGCGGAAGAACAACGUUGACUUUGCACCUCUGGCGCAGACGUGGAUCCCGUCGAAACUGGAAGCUCAAGUUGAUGAGCCGGAACCGAACCGAUUCGUUCCUUUGACGCCGGCACUUACCAGCCCGGGCUCAGCAAUUGGUCGCUCAAAUAAUAUCGAUAAUUCAUGUUCAUGGUCAAAUCUCAGCCCAGAGCUGAAGUAUCCUCCCAUCUACGGCGUCUGCCAUAAAGACGAUCCCAUCCUGACACCGAUGCCGUCACUUCAUCAAAUGUUCUCCGCCCAAAAUACUUCACCCUCCCAAUCUCAUCCUGAACCUCAACAUAUUUAUCGACUGUGGCAAAUCUUCGUCGACAACAUCAACCCUCUCUUCAAGAUAGUCCACGUCCCAACCCUACAACAACGCGUUCUCGAUGCAAGCUGGAGUCCCUCUUCAGCACCUCAGCCUCUGCAAGCAACCAUGUUCGCCAUAUACGCCCUUGCCGUCACCUCAAUGUCGCCGGAGGCCUGCCAAAAAGCUUUCAACGAGAGCAGAGUCGCAUUGAUGACGCGCUACCGCACUGCAGCCUUCCAAGCCCUAGUUGAAGCGGAUUUCCUCACGACAAAAGACUUUGAGGUUGUCCAGGCUUUUGUGUUGUUUCUCUUCAUCAACCCCGAGUCCGAGCUGACGGCUACUCUGACCGCCGCGGCCCUGAAGCUAUGCAGAAGCCUAGGCAUUCAUCAUGCCAAACCAGAUCCCAAGGUAUCCUUCUUCGAGAGGGAGAUGCGUAUCCGGGUAUGGUGGCAGUUAUACGGACUCGAAGCGCGAACUCGCGCGUUGGGAAGCCCAGAUUCGAGGUGCCCACCGUCGAGGAGCGAGUUUGGCGAUGUGCGCUCGCCCUUGAACGUCAACGACGCGGAUCUACACCCCGAAAUGACCGAGGCACCGAUCGAGCACAGUCGUCCAACGGAGAUGAUGUGCGUGCUGAUGAAGUAUGAAGUCUUCAACUGGAUUCGCUCGACACCUGCAGCAUCGCUGGUCUUCGAGCAUAUUGCUCAGAGCCGGGCGAGAGACGAAACCAUGAUGGAGGUCGAGAGCAAGGCCAUCAACGAGAUUGAGGGCAUCUACUACAACAAGUACCUGAAGGACGUAGAUAAGCGUAUACCGAUUCAUGCGCAGACGUUCAACAUGGCGAAGCUGGUGAUUGCUCGGAUGAGGUUCAAAGUCUAUCAUCCCAGGUGUCGAAGGACCGGCAACAGCGACGAUGUUGUUAUGAGUCGAGAGGAGAAUGAUAUGUUAUUUGAGUUGGCGAUGAAUUGGGUUGAGGCGGCCGAGGCAGGUUUGCAAAGCAAAUUCUCUGCGCAUAUCUUCACUCACAUAACAUCCAAAUGCCACAUCGAUGCCUACAUCUGCAUCAUCAGCGAACUUAGGUAUAGAUGUACUGGAGAUCGAGUGAAGAAGGCAUGGCAGUCUAUUGAAACACUCUACGAGGAGUAUCCAGAUAUGUUGGAGUCGACGAGUACUUUCUUUGGGGCUUUGCGAGACUUGACUCUCGACGCUUGGGAAGCUCAUCACAACACAGCGGCUGCAACCCAUGACUUACGGGAGCCGGAAGCUACGCCUCGAUUCAUCCAGACCCUUAAGGAUAGAGCGAGGGAAAAGAUGGAAGCUGAGGCGCAUGCGUCAACGACCCCCAAUCAGCAAAUUCUUGAUGAUCUCGGGUUAACGGAUGACGGGAACUUGGAUUGGGACUAUUGGAACAAUUUCUUGAGCUUGUAA